AUGGAGGCGGCGGCGGCGUCCGCGGCUCUGGGGUUCCUGCUCCUGGCCAUGGCGGGAGCCUCGUCCAGGGAUGAGGCCCGGGAGGCGGAGGCCGUGCGGGCGCUGCUGGCCCGGCUGCUGGGGUACCGCUAUUACCAGAAUGUGUGCACGCAAAGCUACUCCUUUGUAUGGUGGGACUGGGCCCGCUGGGAACAGGAGAUUGACUGGAUGGCACUGAAUGGCAUCAACCUGGCGCUGGCCUGGAGCGGCCAGGAGGCCAUCUGGCAGCGGGUGUACCUGGCCUUGGGACUGACCCAGUCAGAGAUUGAUGAGUACUUCACCGGUCCUGCCUUCCUGGCCUGGGGGCGCAUGGGCAACCUGCACACCUGGGGUGGCCCCCUGCCCCACUCCUGGCAUCUCAAGCAGCUUUACCUGCAGCAUCGGAUCCUGGACCGGAUGCGCUCUUUCGGCAUGAUCCCUGUGUUACCUGCAUUCGCAGGGCAUGUCCCCAAGGCUAUAACCAGGGUGUUCCCUCAGGUCAAUGUCACCCAGAUGGGCAGUUGGGGACACUUCAACUGCUCCUACUCCUGCUCCUUCCUUCUGGCUCCAGAAGACCCCCUGUUCCCCAUUGUGGGGAGCCUCUUCCUGCGGGAGCUGACCAAAGAGUUUGGCACAGAUCACAUCUAUGGGGCCGACACUUUCAAUGAGAUGCAGCCCCCAUCCUCAGAGCCCUCCUACCUCGCCGCAGCCACUGCCGCCGUCUACCAGGCCAUGAUUACAGUGGACCCUGACGCCAUAUGGCUCCUCCAAGGCUGGCUCUUCCAGAACCAGCGUCAGUUCUGGGGCCCUGCCCAGGUGGAGGCUGUGCUCAGGGCAGUGCCCCGUGGCCGCCUCCUGGUUCUGGACCUGUUUGCUGAGAGCCAGCCCGUGUACAACCGCACAGCCUCCUUCCAGGGCCAGCCCUUCAUCUGGUGCAUGCUGCAUAACUUUGGGGGCAAUCACGGCCUGUUUGGGGCCCUAGAGGCUGUGAACCAAGGCCCCACUGCCGCCCGCCUCUUCCCCAACUCCACAAUGUUAGGCACGGGCAUGGCCCCUGAAGGCAUUGGCCAGAACGAAGUGGUCUAUGCCCUCAUGGCUGAGCUGGGCUGGCGAAAGGAUCCAGUUACAGAUCUGGGGGCCUGGGUGACCAGCUUUGCAGCCCGGCGGUAUGGAGUCUCCCAUGGGGGCGCAGAGGCAGCAUGGAGGCUACUUCUCAGGAGUGUCUACAAUUGCUCUGGCGAGGCCUGCAGGGGCCACAAUCAUAGCCCACUGGUCAGGCGGCCAUCCCUGAAGAUGGUUACUACUGUUUGGUACAACCAAUCAGAUGUGUUUGAGGCCUGGCGGCUGCUGCUAACAGCCACCCCCACCCUGGCCAGCAACCCAUCCUUCCGCUACGACCUGGUGGACAUCACUCGCCAGGCGGUCCAGGAGCUGGUCACCUUGUACUACGAGGAGGUGAGGACUGCCUACCUGAACAAGGAGCUGGUUCCCCUGCUGAGGGCUGCAGGCAUCCUGGCCUAUGAGCUUCUGCCCUCACUGGACAACAUACUGGCUAGUGAUGGCCACUUCCUGCUGGGCAGCUGGCUGGAGCAGGCCCGGGCAGCAGCAGUCAGUGAGGCCGAGGCCCAUUUCUAUGAACAGAACAGCCGCUACCAGGUGACCCUUUGGGGGCCAGAGGGCAACGUUCUAGACUAUGCCAACAAGCAGCUGGCAGGAUUGGUGGCCGACUACUACACCCCCCGCUGGCAGCUGUUCAUGGAAAUGCUGGUUGAAAGCCUGGCCCAAGGCAUCCCCUUCCAACAGCACCAGUUUGAAAAGAACGCCUUCCAACUGGAACAGACCUUUGUCCUCAGCACAAAGAGGUAUCCUACGCAACCCCAAGGUGACACUGUGGACCUGGCCAAGAAGCUCUUCCUUAAAUAUUACCCCCGGUGGGUGGCUGGCACCUUGUGACAGAUUAACCACCCCUGGGCCAUGUUCUCCCCAAAC